AUGUCCAGGGCUCCUCCUGAAGAAUCAAAGAGCAAGUCUGCCAAAGCAAUGCACGUGACCCAAAGAGUGUUGACGAUCAAAAAGAGAAGAGUAGGUAAGGGUAAGAGGCUUGUCCUGGACAGUUUGUCUUCAUCGGGAGAAAGAACUACAGGAAAGAACAAGAGAGUGAGCAAAUCGAGUGCGUACGUGGUAAAUCUGGGGAUUGCCAAUGCCAUUGAAGAACGGAAUAGAUUGGAAAAUGACGUUCUUAUAGAGAAGAGCGAAGUUGAUGAACUCCUCAAUAGUAUCGAUGUGGAUCAGAUGAAGCAAAACACAAGGAAACUCGGCCGAGAGAUUGUGAAAAUGGGAAAGAGGGAUGUACCAGGUGUACCAGGGAUAUCAAAUGUAUCAAAUGAUAUACCGAAGGCUGUUCCAACUGACGACAUGGAUUCAGUAUUUGAAGAAAUCCGGAAGUCACGUGACCAGCUUGAUAAGCAUAGUGUGUAUGAUGAUUCUUGGAGAAGGAGGGAAGUUGAGAAGAAGUACGCGGAAAAGAGGCCAGAAUUUAGGCCAGCGGUACUUAGUAGACAGCAAUUGAGAGAUAUAGUAGAUGAGAAGAUAGAAGUAGUGAAGGAGAUAGUUGAAGGGAGGAAGAAAUCGCACUUCUACAAGCUGGCUAAGCAGUACAGCAGAAGUUCCAGCAAACCAUUUUUAACAGAUCUGGAGUUGAUCAAUCUACCGAAACAAAGAUAUUUUGGAUACUUUGGAGUGGUACGGUCGUAUAUUAUAGCGAAGAGAAUAGAGGAGAAGUUAGGGAUGAUAAUUAGGAGUGAAAGUAAGGAGAAUAAGGUGAUAGAGUUCUGGGGGGUAAAUUAUUAUGCUUUGUAUGUGCUUACACCGGAGGUAAUUGCACGAAUGGUUAAGCAAGAAAUGGGAUUUGGGACUCUACAUGAGGCCUAUGAGGAGAUGGAGAAGACGAAUGAUUAUGGGUUGUUUGUGAUGGAUAAGGUUAAAUUGGAGUGA